AUGUCUAAGUCAGAGUCUCCCAAAGAGCCUGAACAGCUGCGGAAGCUCUUCCUCGGAGUUCUGAGCUUUGAAACAACCGAUGAGAGUCUGAGGAGCCAUUUUGAGCAAUGGGGAACACUUACGGACUGUGUGGUAAUGAGAGAUCCGAACACCAAGCGCUCCAGAGGCUUUGGGUUUGGCACAUAUGCCACUGUGGAGGAGCAGUAUGGGAAAAUCGAAGUGAUUGAGAUCAUGACUGACCAAGGCAGUGGCAAAAAGAGGGGUUUUGCUUUUGUAACAUUUGAUGACCAUGAUUCUGUAGAGAAGAUUGUCAUUCAAAAAUACCAUACUGUGAAUGGCCACAACUGUGAAGUAAGGAAAGCGCUCUUUAAGCAAGAGAUGGCUAGUGCUUCAUCCAGCCAAAGAGGUCGAAGUGGUUCUGGAAACUUUGGUGGUGGUCGUGGAGGUGAUUUUGGUGGGAAUGACAACUUUGGUUGCGGAGGAAACUUCAGUGGUCGAGGUGGCUUUGGUGGCAGUCGAGGUGGUGGUGGAUAUGGUGGCAGUGGGGAUGGCUAUAACGGAUUUGGUAAUGAUGGAAGCAACUUUGGAGGUGGCGGAAGCUAUAAUGAUUUUGGCAAUUACAACAAUCAAUCCUCAAAUUUUGGACCCAUGAAAGGAGGCAAUUUUGGAGGCAGAAGCUCUGGCUCUUAUGGUGGUGGAGGCCAAUACUUUGCCAAACCACGAAACCAAGGUGGCUAUGGUGGUUCCAGCAGCAGCAGCAGCUAUGGCAGUGGCAGAAGGUUUUAAUUACUGCCAGGAAACAAAGCUUAGCAGGAGAGGAGAGCCAGAGAAGUGACAGGGAAGCUACAGGUUACAACAGAUUUGUGAACUCAGCCACGCACAGUGGUGGCAAGGCCUAGCUGCUACAAAGAAGAAAUGUUUUAGACAA